CUUACUAUGAGGAAAGCAAAAACGAGAAACUCUGAUAACGGUAACAAAGCACACCAGGACCUUUUACAGUAACUUACAAACCAAGGAGAAGCUACAGAGAGUCAGGAACCAGAGACAAAGGAAAGCUGGGGAGUGGGUCAAAACCACAGCUUAUUUUUUUCAGGGGCUGAAACAGUUGGUUAAAAUGUUUUUUUUGUCUUUUUACAGAUGGAUCGCUGAUCACCGUCGUCCCUUUGACCAUUUGUUCUACCUUCGUUGACCCUGACCUAAGCUGACAACUUCCAUGGCAGAAGGACAGCCAAUAGAAGCUCAGCACCAGCGGUCUCAUGGACACCAGCAGCAGAAUAAUCCAACCCGCCCAGAGCCGACUGAAACACAGGGGACCAGUACUCUAGAAGACCCAGUCUUUUCCUGUUUGACUACCAAGGAGCUCCAGCAGAACCUGAAGGAGAUGAAACAGAGAAACAGAGGCAUCAAGCUGCUGUUUGAAAUCAAUUCCACGCGCAUUAUUGAAGACAGCCUCACCAAAUAUGUGCUGUACCAGAUUGUGAUAAUGCGCUCCGGCAGCUACGACUCCCAGCGUGUUGCAAUAGAGCGCCGCUACAGCGACUUUUUCCGCUUCCACCAGCAGCUGCUGGAGAAGUUCAGCGAGGAGCUGGAGGAGGUGCACUUCCCCCGGAAGCUCCUCAGCGGGAAUUUCAACCCUGAAGUGAUCGCGGAACGCCGGUUGGGCCUUCAAGACUACCUCGGCAAAAUAUACGCCGUCCGAUGCGUCCGAUACUCGAGUCAUUUCCCCGAAUUCUUCACGGGACAGGAGCAGAGGCGUGCCCACGACCUGCUGCGCGCGGGGCAGUUCAAGCCCGCCACGGAGCAGCUCCAGGCCACCCUGACCCUCCUGGAGAAGGUGGCCCCCUGGCAGAGCGCCACCCUGCUGGUCCCCACGCUGUGCGCCCUGGCCGUGGGCCACCGGGACCUGGAGGAGCUGGGAGAGGCGUUCUCCGCGGCGCACAGGGCGCUGCCCGCCGUCCGGCGCUACGGGCUCCGCCGGUACAGAGCGGCCCUGCUGGAGCUGCUGGUGGACGUGGGCUACCAGCUGCAUCGGCCCGUAGCCCAGCUCCAGGAGGAGCUGAGCCUGUUUAGGGAUUCAGAGAGGGGGCGGGUGUCUUCUGCUUCACUGAAAGAGGUGGUGGUGCAGGAGUUUACCUGAGGACAGAGGCCCUCUGGGCGGGGCCCGCUGAAGGGGGGCCUCUGGAAGGGGCCCUCUGGGAGGGGCCCCAUGAAUGAGAGCCUCUGGGCGGGGCCUGCUGAAGGGGGGCCUCUGGAAGGAGGCCCUCUGGGAGAGUCCCCAUGAAUGAGGGCCUCUGGGUGGGGCCUGUUGAAUGGAGCCUAUUGAGCCUAUCUGGGAGGGGCCCGUUGAAUGUGCAUCACGGUUGCUAAGAGGUCUCUACGAACCUUGGAUCAUGUUUAAAUCUGAAUGUAAAAUUGGUUGUUCCACUUCCAGGAACAACUAGUGGCCCCGGAGAACGUAAACCAGCAACAGGGACCAUUUUAGGAAUCCAUAAAUUGAUUAAAAGACCAAAUUACAAUCUAGUCAAAAUGAUAGCACUGUAAGUGUAGCUCCUUGUUUUAGUGAUUAAACCUAAUCCCUGUGUUAUAAGGAAGUCACAACGCAUUGAGCAAAAUGUUUACGCAGACAAUGUUAUCAGGUCAAACGAAGGGGAAGGAAGAGCGUCCUAGAUUCUGAUGUCAGUUUCUGGUCCGCAAAUUAGUUUAGCCUGUUGAAAUCAUGUGGCUUUAUUAAGAGGCCCAUUUCACAUGCACAAGUGUAAAUGUACUAAAAACAAACGUCAUGAAUCAGAAGCCCCAUCAAAAUCACAGCCCUUGUAUGCAUCUUUACCAAAAUAAAGUAUUGAAAAACAGAAAUAGUAGCCUUGUUGAAUGAGUACACUGAUCUAUAAUGUUCUGCGUAUUUCACCAACAUGCUCAAGUAUACAUAUAGACUAUUAGAUGUUUAAUUAAUUUUAAGAAGAACGGGUUGCAUUAGCUUAUUAUGUAGGCCUAUUGAAUGUAAAAUCACCUUCAAACCUAACAAUCUAACCUAAAUCUAUCCAUCCCUAAAAGACACCCUAAACUUGACCAAAUGCAUAAACUUAACUAUAACUCAACUAUAACUAAACACCUCUUACCCAUAUACCUUAACCUAAAAGGCCAGACUCACAACCAUCCU